AUGUCGGGAUACGAGAUCCUCAAGAUCGCGCCCAUCUGCAAGCUGUUCAAAGGAUUUAUGGUGUACAUCUCCGCCACGCACCCCGACCGCUGGAACGGUCUGGGUUGGGUCACGGACUCCCUCAACACCCCCGGCAUCAACGUGUACCUCGUCGACUACCCCCACGUGGGUAUGCCACUGGACGAACGCAAGGUAGAGGAGGAACAUUUCCGGAAGGUGGUGCAGCGAUAUGGAAUCCGCGACAAACACGACGUCGUCUGUGUGACGGCGUCGUGGGUCUACCAAGUGGCGAUCAACGGCUGGAUGUCUCCGUACGAGGAGAGCCGCUACAACCGGCACCGCCUGUACAGCAACGAGCUCCAAACCAGCUCGUAUCUGUUUGGCACCACGCGCACUGAGCACUUCGGACCGCAGGAGGCAGGCACGCCCCAGACAUGUGCAGUCGAUCAGGGGGACCGCCCCAGCCCAAACGAGGAAAGGUGCAGCUUCAUCACCAAGGUCAAACUGGUAGCAUGCCAUGUGAGUGGUGCCACCUUUCUACCUGGCCCUACAAACCCCGUUCCCGCACCCCGCUGGCCAAUCUCGCCAAGCGACCCCGGAGUACCGAGGAUGGCAGCAGCAGGUAGCGUUCAUGGAACGAGCUGUCACAAACCUGACAUGGUCCAAGUACGCGACGAUUGGGUGUCAACCGUCUGCCAAGAUGGUGGCAGGGUACAUAGACCGGACGCUGGCGACCAACCCUCAGUGGUCGAAGAUGCAUGUUCAUUCUUGGUGCAGUUGCUUGGUUCCCGGGGAGGGACGAUGGCAAGUUGUUUUGGGGACGGCGCCCGUGACGCCCGGCGACACGGUGCCGCAUUCCUACUUGGUCUCCCUGCGAUCUGGGUGCAUUAUAUGGACUACGAUUUCGUGCGAGCGACACACCCAUGA